AUGCAGGUACUAGCUAGUUGCCCUGCGUUUGCUCAUCUCUUGAGAGACAUCUCAGCGUCCCUCGCUCCACACCUCCUAGUACGUGCAUGCGAAGGGGGGGCCUGGCAGGAGGGGGCAAGACGGGCUCGCCACCUCGCUCUCAAACCUCUGGUUGACUUCUGGAAGGAGUUUGAAGUGCCCAUCAAGUCGUCGUCUACCGGCCCUGUAGCAGUAGAGAGGCUUGGAGGGGCGGCUGUAGCAGGACUUAUUGUGUUUCGCAUUCCCUGCCUGCCUCUGUCCCAUCUACGCCCGCCAUCCCGCGCUGAAAGCACUGGUGGAUUUCUGGCUUUAGUCCGGCCGGCUAUAGCAAGAGCAACAGCUGUAGCUGGUUUUGCUGCCCCUGCUAGUGCUGUUGGGGAGGAUGGGGCGUGGGGGAAGAUAGGGGAGAAGGGCGCGGGAAGAGGAAAAGGGAGAAGAGGGGCGGGUAGAGCAGGGGUGGGGGUGGUGGGGGCAGGGGCAGUGGGAGGGAGAGGGGCGGGGAGAGGGAUAGAUGGUUCUCCUGCCAACUCUGUAGUGCCUGCUCCUACUGCUGGUGCUACUAGUGUUGCUGGCAUAACGCAAGGUGUAUCAUUUGCGUCAGCUCUAACAGCAAUGGUUGCAUCAGCAACUGCAGCAUCAGGGGGUGAGGAGGGGUUGACAGCGGUGGCAGUGGGGCGAGCAGUGGUGCCAACCAUGUUUGAGGGGCUGUUGUCGCUGUUCAACCCCCAGCACCACAGGAACGGCAUUCAUUUGAGGACGCGUGACCCGCUGGUCGCCCCUAUUUCUGCCCAUGCGGUGCAGUCGUCCUGUCUGAGAGACAUAUUUGCCGAGCAAUUGAGGAGUGAAGUGCGAUCUGCAGGCGACAAGCCAUCAGCCACGGUGCAGCCCUUCUCGCUGCUGCAGCUGGACAUAGCAUUGGAUCGGAUCAGAUCUGUGGAGGAGGCACUCAAAGCCUUCGUUGUGCAGGAGGUGGUGGAAGGGUAUCGACCCAGCAACGCCAAGCCCAACCAGACGGUGCUUGCAUCCAAGACGGUGAAAAUCUCAGCCCUGCCACACAUGCUGGUGCUGCAUCUCAUGCGAUUCUCCUUCAGCCACUCCACCACCGGCAGCGUCAAGAUCCACAAGCCCGUCUCCUUCCUUCCCCCUCAUGGGCGCUCCCCCACAACUUCCCAACCAGACGGUUCUUGCAUCCAAGAUGAUGAAAAUCUCUGCGCUCCCCCACGUGCUGGUGCUGCACCUCAUGCGAUUCUCCUUCAGCCACUCCACCGCUGA